AUGCCAAAAACUUACAUUUCAGCAAUUCCAACGGGUGAUGAUAAAGAUAGAGUUCAUAAAACCACAUGGAAUUUUAAAAAUUCUGGUUUUUCAAUAAAUUAUAUUCUUGAAAUUCGUAACCAUCAAGAAACAGUAACAAUAAAGAUGAAUGAUAUUGUUGAAAUACCAUCAAUCACCAGAGAAUAUGUAACAAGAUUUACACUUGCUGGUGAUACAUUUUUAGUAACUCCUCCAACCAAAUUUCAUACACAUUUCCGUUUAUAUAGAAAUGGUUUUGAUGUUAUAAAUAAUGAUGAAUUUAAUUUUACAAAAGAUGGUUAUUUUAAGAGUAAAGUAUUGGAAGUUAUCUCUUGUGUUUUAGUUGUCGGUUUACCAUAUAUUUUAUACAAAGAGUCUGUAAUGAAUAAGGAUGAAUGUGUUAUUGAUGUUGUAAAUGAUAAAGUUAUUGAAUGUGGUUUAAACAGAAGAUCAAGAUCACCAUCACCAGAAAAAGAAGAACCAGAACAACCACAAGAACCAGAAAUUCAUCCACAUUUACUUUUCCAUUUACAAUAUCAACAACAAUUACAAUUAGAACAACAACAACAACAAUUACAAUUACAACAACAACAGUUACAACAACAAUUACAACAACAACAACAAUUACAACAACCACAACAAGUUCAAUAUUGA